AUGGAAGCUGACAUGGCGAAACAAAUAUUUCUGAACAACCCUCAUUUUACAGAAGUCAAUGUCAGGCUUGGUACCUUGAUUGAAGAUGAUUCAAGUACAAUUGCAAAUUUACAAAAAAACAAGAAUAAUAUUGAAGCGACGAAAGCUGGUCUGUUGAAUAUUGUUUCUCACGCUUGUGACAAUCAUUCAGCAUGUGGUGAUUGGUGCAAAUACAAGCUUGAUCCAGAAAAUUAUAGUCACAAAAUUUCGCCUGGAGGUAAAGGCUUAUCCAACCCCUCAGGUCAAGAUAAGCUUCAAGCUAUUUUUAAUUCGUUUGCUAACGUUGCUGACAAACUAAGCCCUUGUGGAUCUAGUCAAGCUAAUGAGUCUCUCAAUAAAAUAAUUGCUAGCACUGCUCCCAAACAUCUUCAUUAUGGAGGAUCAUCGUCGAAUGACAUUCGAUCACUUGCUAUUGAAUCGACGCCGACCAAGCCAACUUCGAAACCAGAUUCAAUUGAAUCAUCAUCAAAAUCUCUCGUGUUAGCUGUCCAUGAUGUAAGCACCAAUGUACAUCAAGGUUCUACGACAGUACAUAACGUGCCGAGUACAUCACAUGACUCUACGUCUCAAGAAGUUUCUAAGAUACGUCCGCGAAUCUACUCUACUCCGUCACAGGACAAUGUUAAAACAACAGUUAAUUGUUUAAAUCAAAAUUUAAGUAACCAUAUUUUAUCACGAGACAUUGGACUUUCUAGUUGUAAUGCAGACAAAAAUAUUCAGGUUUUAAAGAAAAGAAUUGCUAGUGAAACGAGCAAACUUAAGCGUCUUCAAAAUAAUGCGACCUAUCAACAAAAGUUCAGAGCUAAGAGAAAAAAAAAAUUGUUGGCUUUACAAGCUCAAAAUCCAGAACAAAAAGAUCUUGUUGUUUAUGAAGAACCAGGCAGACCACGACUAAGUGAUCAACUCAUAAUUGAUUAUAUUUUGAAAAUUGUCCAUCUAGAAAGCGCAGCAGAUCCACGUCGACGUUCGAUUACAAGUACUACGUGCAAAACUUUAGACCAGCUUCAUCAAGCUCUCUUAGCCACUGAUCUUCAGCUCUCACGAAGCGCAACUUAUCUUCGUCUUCAACCUAAAAAUGUCAAAACCCUCGAAGGGAAAAAACAUAUUGUUACAGCCCCUGUUAAAUUAGCUCGACCAACUGCUGAUUUACACAAGACUCAUAAAGAUGCCUUGUUUUGUACAUCAACGAUUCGAUCUCUGGAAUCGUUAGCUUCUUUGCUUGGACCAGACCAAGUAAUAUUUUUAUCUCAGGAUGACAAAGCCAGAGUACCAAUAGGUAUAACAGCUGCUAAUCAUCAAGCACCAUUUUUGAUGAGUAUGGAGUACCGGGUUAGAUUACCAGAUCAUGACUGGGUUGUUGCUGAAAGGCAUAAAUUAAUUCCUUCGGUCAUUGCAGGAUGUAAAAUAAGUCCCAAAGGCAUGGGGGAUCCUAGUGCAGUUUCUUAUAGCGGACCAACUUAUGUGUCUGUUAGAAGUGGAAAACAUUCUUCAUCCACUGCUUCUUCACACGCUGCUGAUUUUACACGUUUAUUAGAGCUAGAUGCAUUCAAAAACUUAACUCGAACAUCUGAUGGUACAGUUAAACCUAUUGUUAUCUUUACGGUCGAUGGAGGACCUGACGAAAAUCCUCGAUAUGGAAAAGUUAUCGCCGAAGCAAUCAAACAUUUUAAAAAAAAUGAUUUAGAUGCAAUUUUUUAUGCGACUAAUGCACCUGGACGGAGCGCAUUUAAUCGCGUAGAACGCCGAAUGGCUCCACUCAGUCGUCAGUUAUCAGGACUAGUAUUACCACAUGAUUCUUUUGGAUCUCAUCUUGACUCAAGAGGUAGGACAAUUGACAAGGAUCUGGAAUUACAAAAUUUUGCGGCUGCUGGUAAAAUUUUAGCAUCCAUAUGGAGUUCAACAAUGAUUGAUGGUGAAGAAGUUGUGUCAACGUUUAUUCAUCCAACUAAAAUGGAGGAGAUAACUGAUCCACCUAUCCCUCAGGAUUGGUACGAUAAACAUGUACGUGAGUCCCAAUAUUUUCUCCAAGUGGUUAAAUGUGGUGAUUUAAAUUGUUGUAGCAAGUUACGAAGUGGGUUGGGCACUCUACUACCAAGUGGAUUUUUCCCUCCACCUAUUUUAAUUGAACAGAAUCAAAAUUCUUUAACAGCAGCUGUUGCGACUGAUGAUCUACCAAAAAAUGCUGAAUUUUGUAAUCUCUUUGUACGUUUAGCUUUGAAAAUUUCCAUACCUUGUAAAAGUCGAGAAGUACCGUAUGAUUUUUAUUGUCCAUCUGUGCAGAAAGUAUUAGACAAGCGUACAUGUUCAGUAUGUAGUCUUUAUUUCGCUUCUGAAAAGAAUUUACAUCUUCAUAAGCGUAAUCGUCAUGGUAAAAUGCCUGCUGGAACGUCUGCUAGAGUUAGGCCAUUUGCAAUAGCUGCACGACGUCCAGGGGAAAUUUUGUGUAUUCAUGAUUUAGAAUCAUGUGGUCACAAUACCAUUGAAUGGCUCCCUGAAGACGAAGUUAUUGUAGAUGAAGAAAUAUCAAAAGAAGAAGAAGAAGAAAAAACGAAUGACAUACCAGUAAUAGAAAAUUUUGAAGACUGGAUUGCUUCACCAUGGACAGAAAGUUGAAGUUUAAUUAUAACUCAAAAUUCA